AUGGAAGAACCUGUUCCAGACACUCCUCAAUACUCUCCACAUCCUCCAAGAGGGUCUGUGAAUCAAAACCAACCAUCUCCAAAAGCAAGUCGAAUGUGGUAUGUUGCACAGGAUGGAGCUCUAAUUGGUUUGUAUCUUCAAUUCAGUGAAGAUGCAAUUGUUGGUACAAACCAAAAAGCAGCUGCGCUCUGGCAAAAAAUAUCUGCGGCAUAUGAUCAAGCGCACUCUGAGAAACCCCACAUCCUACCGCCAAGACCUUUGAGGAGUUUGGAAAGCCGUUGGAGAAGGAUGACAACUGAUUUAAUACAAUGGAGUAGUUGCUAUGACGAAGCUGGAAGGGCAACUGGCAGUGGUUACAACGAAGCAGACCGAAUUCAUAAUGCGAGUAAGUUAUUCUAUAUUUCCUCUAAGCCUACUCCACAUAAUUUUAAUUGUCACCAUGGUUGGGAAAUGGUUAAAAAUGACCCGAAGUGGAGGACAAAACUGAGAUGGGCGUUGUCAAGAGAGGAAAGAUUAGCUUGCGGUGAUGCUGUCGAAGACGACAGUAGUGGAAGUGAAAAGCGGUGUAGAACUGAAGAUGAAGAUGUUGUUCCCCAGAAUAAUGCAAGUAGGGAAAUUGAGGCACAAAUGCGAUUGAAGAAGUUGGAUUUCGACAUGGAAAGGGAAAGAAGGAAGCAAAAACAAGUAGAGCUUCACCAAAAACAAGUCGAAAUUCAAGAGAGAAGGCUGAACUAUGAAAUGCUGCAAGAUCUAAUGGCAAAGGGACCGGACCUAACUCCCGAUGAAGAGGCUUACAAGGAAGAAUUACGUGCACUACUCUAUGGUAGAAGGAGCAUGUAA